CGGCGCCGGGGCCGAGGAGAGUCGGCGGCGCAGGCCCGGCCCGGAGCCACGGUGUCGCAGUGACUGGGGCCGCGGCGGCCGAGCCCAAGCGCCGGGCGAGGCCUGAGCCGCCGAGCCGCGGCUGGGCGGAAUGGCGGCUGGGCCGGGGGACUCGUGGGCGGAGGGCGCCGGGGGCGGGAGGGGAGCGCGCGGCCCGGCCCUGAGUCACCCCGGCCGGCUCGGGCCUGGCCGAGCCGCGGCCCCGGACGCGGGCACGGGGCGGUCAGGCCCGGACUACGCACUGGGAAAAAGCCCGAUUCAUGGCGCCCGCCCCUUUCCCAGCGCGACCGGGCUCGGGCCGCGGAGCCGGGCCGGCGGGCGGCCCCGGGCGGCCGGGCGUGCGAGCCUCGCCUCGCCUCUCCUCGGGCGGCGACCCCCGCGGAGCGCCCGGACCCGUGCCCUCUCUCCCUCGCCCCCUCGGGAUCACUUCUCCCCCGAGCGUCGCUUGCCCCGGACUCGUGCUCUCAAAGCACAUACUGAUUUUAGAAUCAGAGAUGUGAAAAAUGGCAUGCCAUGCCGUAGAGGCGUGGUCUGGAGUAAACGGCUGUGUUCGCUUCUUCCCUCUUCAGUGGAGCGUUGAUGAGCAUCUGGAAACACCAGUGUUCUCGGGAGUAGUGUGGGAAGUGCCGCGGAGAUCGGGAUCCUCAUGGGUGCGGAGUUAGACGUGUAGCUGUCUAGAAAUGGUUCCUGCUUCAGUUUAUUCCUGGUCCAAAUAUAAACCCUAAAUGCUAUCACAGGAAGUCUCUAAGAAAUUUUUUUAAGCACGUGGACCAGCAUUAAUCCAUCCUCACUACUGAGGACCCAAACAGCAGGAUCAAAGCACACAUGGUUCACAUUUUCUUGGAGGUGUCAUAAUGUUGAAAGCACUUUUUAAACCUGGAAAAUGCUGGUUGGUAACAUUAACUACAAAGAUGUUUCAAAAUUUUUAAAGUCUAAACUGCCAGAGUUUUCAAAGCACUUCAGUCCAUUGAGACUCAGACUUGGCUUCUCUUCGUUCAGGUUCUGUUAGAUUCUUUCCUGUUAUUUUAAAUGGGUUCCCCUGCAUGUCUCGGGCUCAGUGAUUUCCAGAGUGUGAACACCGUUCGCAUGAUAUGUUUGGAAAGUGUAACCAGGUCUAUUUUCUAGAGCGUUUUGGCCCCUUUAAGGAGGGGAUGUAACAUGCAGUGUUUUCCAAGCUUCUGGACCAGGUUCGCAUCCUUUUUUCUUGAGUCAUCUCUUGGCCUUAGCUUCUGUGGAGAAUACUUUGCUCUUCUGGUUCUGUCUUCUUCUCUAAAUGGACGCCCAGGAAGUACCUCUGGGACCUGAUUCUCCGUUCUAGUCCACUUUGCUGUGGGGUUUUUCAGUUCUGUUUCGGCCGGAGCGGUUCUGACAGUUCUAGCUGGCAGCUGGUUGCCUCCCAGCUGAGCCCCAGUGGCCUCUCUACCUGCCCGCAGGGCUUCCCCGUGGCCCACCUGCCCUCCCCACCGUCGCAACCUCCCCAGACUGAUCUCAUUUGCUCCCCAAGCCACGUCCAGCUUCUCUGUUUCGAGCCUUCUCUCUGAGACUGUGAUGUUCCGUAUUAGUCACUACCGAGUAUUAUUAGUUCCUCCUUCAAAAUGCCCUGUCUCCAUCCCUCCCUCGUCUGGUUCUGUCACCAGCUCCUGCUGCCUUGUGUUCAGGAUUUUUCAUGGCUCCCUGACUGCAGAGUCUGCCCCCAGCGGGUGUCGGCGUCACCACGACAGGCAGGAGUGGGCUCCGCUCUCCGUCCUCGCCAGCCCUUCAGUACGUCCCAUCUCAUCCCCUUAAGCUCAGAAAAUACUGCAAGUCGGGCCGUGUGCUCGGUGCUGAUCCGCGGCACUUCUCACUUGAAAGCGGCUGGUGUGGGUG